AUGACACCUGAAGAAUUUAGCCGUGAAAUCAUUCUUUUAAUGGAAAAUAGUCUUUCAAUUUCUCCUCAAGGGGUCGAUUCUAAUGACUUAGCUCAAAGGUUUAGGGAUAAAAAUAUAAAGCCUACCAUAGAAAAUGUGUAUAUGCUUACUAUUAAAUCCAGAGUAAAGAAACUUGGCGAUUUUAAUGACUCCGUUGUUGCUCGGUAUGGUGAACUCUUAUGGUUUACGUUUUCUGAAGAGGAAGAAAAUAAAAUUAAGAUGCAAUACCAAGCCAUUGUAGAUCAAAUUAUUACAAUUUUGACAUCAUAUUCAUCAAUGUCUAUGCUAACCACUUAUACCACUUCAACCACUGAGCAACCGGGGGAAGACAUAUUUAAUGACGGUACUAGUUAUACCUCACAAAUUUCACAAAUUUCACAAACAAGCUUUAACGGGCAAGGUAUCGAUUUUAUAGAUGGAAUCCUUCCUUAA